AUCCGAAGGGGAUACCUUCGUUUUGUUAUUUAACUGUAAUUGUAAUAUCUAAAAAAUACAAUAUUGUUUAAUAAUAACAUACAAUUAUUGUACAGUGUACGUAAUUUUUUAUUAAGAAUAAUAUUAUUAAUGCUACAAAUUACGAAUUAUUGUAAAAUAUUUUCUACACAUAUUUUGGAUAUAAAUCAUAACCUCAAAAAGAAGAGUUAUUUAAAAUGAGUGCCUGUUGAAUAUAAUUGAAAUAAGUACUCUAUUUCGUAACCUUUUAAGUAGAAAUAUUUAUUUUAUGAUGGAAAAGACCAAGGAUUUUUUUCUUUCUGUAACAAAACGUGUUUUUAGUAACUGGACAGCAUUGAAAUUAGCAGUUGAACAUGGUAUGGGAUCCAUAGACAAAGCCGAUCUAUUUUGUCACUAUAUUACCGACUUUAUAUAUAUCAAUGGAUUGUGUAGCAGUGAAAUUGCUUGUGAACUUGAAGAUUUCAUGGAUGAGCAAUUUAAUACAGAACUUCAAGACUUAAGUUGUAAACAAGUAGCAGAAGAGUUAUAUAAAUUUUAUCGUUAUUGUGUUGAAGGCAAUGAAACGCAGGCUGUGAUUGAAUUUGAAAAAUUACCGCCAUUACAACCAUGGAUUGUAGCGUGUUUAGCAAAGAAAAUUAAUAAAGGACCUGUUGCAUUUGAAAAUGAUAGUGAUUCUGAAAGUGAUGAAAUAGAAGAAAGUAUGGAAACUGAAGAUACAGAAUGGAUACAAGUAAAGCCAAGGCGGAAAAAAUAAUUUUCAAUGAUUUAAGACAUUUGCAUGUCGCAAAUUUUUAUUAAAAAAGGAAAGAGAGAUUUAUAGUAGUAUACUUUUAUUAUUUUUCUUGCAUCAAAGUUUCUUAUAGUCAAUUUCUUAUUUAUUCAGUCUUUGCAAUAAUUGGAACAAUUAAUUUUCACGCCCGCCUCCUGCAUCUGUAAAAAAAUUUAAGUAUAAGUUAAUGUAUUGAUACGGAAUAUAGAAACUUAAUAUUUUA